AUGUCACUGCCAGCUCUUGUCAACGCCCAAGAUGACAAGGAAGAGUCAGUAGAUCAUGUCGAGCUACACCAAACCUCCGACGAGACUGGGAACUCUAAGGUGGACUACCGUUUCUAUGCUGUUGAGAAAAAGAGAUUGAGUAGGAAAAUCGAUCUCAGACUGAUUCCAAUAUUGUCACUCAUCUAUUCGUUCUCGGUCAUCGAUCGCAUCAAUAUUGGUCAGGCCAAAGUCGUUGGUAUGACUGAGGAUUUGAGUAUGACCAGCGCUUCGGCCUACUCUAUCUGCCUGCUCGUAUUUUUCCCCGCGUAUAUGUUGGCCGAGCUUCCAGGCAACAUGGCCUUAGUCAAGUUUGGCGUCGCCAACGCACUGGCCUUCAUCAUGCUAGGCCUUGGUGUUAGCACGAUUGCCCAGGGUCAUGUUCAGCACUGGUCCAUUCUUGCAGUCUGCAGAGUGUUAGUUGGUGCAUUCGAGGCCACCGUCUUUCCUGCAAUGAUCUACCUUGUGUCAAGCUGGUAUGUGCGCUAUGAAGCACAUAGGAAGCUAGCCUGGAUGUACAGCAUCGGGAUUAUAUCAAGUGCAUUUGCUGGUGUCCUUGCUUACGCUCUAGCUCUCUUGGAUGGAAAAUCUGGAUGGAGAGGCUGGCGGUGGAUUUUCACAGUUGAAGGAUCAAUUACGGCUGCAUUUGCUGUCCCUACCUGGCUCUUAGUUGUCGAUUUUCCAGAUCGAGCAAAGUUCCUUUCACCAAGACAAAGACAGAUCAAGAUGGAAGAAUUGACUUCUGACCGAGGCGAUUCCGUAACCUAUCAAAUCACUUGGGAAAACAUUAAAGAUCUCAAAGAUUGGACCAUCUGGCUUGUCACGUUCAUGUACAUGUGUAAUGUCACCAUGGUUUAUGGUUUGGCAUUUUUUGUCCCAACAAUUUUGACCAGUAUGGGGUAUACGGGCCUUCAAGCCAAUCUACAUAGUGCUCCGCCAUACGCUGUUGCCGCUGGAGUACUAUGGGUAGGCUCCUAUAUCGCCGACAAAACGAAGCGCCGGUUGCCACUCAUUAUCGUGCAAACUUGUCUCGCAAUUCUCGGAUUAGCUUUGAUGUCCCAAAACGAAAUAUCGGCAAAAGCUAGGUAUGCGGGGAUCUGUUUUGCGAUUGCAGGCGCCCAAGCCAACAAUUCAGCAAUCCUGAUAUUUGGCCAAAAUAACAUCGUUGGUUCAUCGAAAUCGUCUGUUGCAACAGUGCUCAAUAUUGCUGGGGGCACCAUUGGAGGUUUAUUGGGCAGCACUAUCUAUCUGCAACGGGAAGCACCAGAUUACAUUACAGGAUUGAGCGUGACAAUGGCCCUGGCAGCUUGCUUGGUACUCUCUUGCGCUGCAGUUUGGCCCGUCCUGGCAAAAUAUAAUUCCGCCGCUGAUAGGGGUGAAGUUGUAUUUCAUGAUUUGCCUGCGUGGCGCUGGACGCUUUGA